AGCUGUUCAGAUGGCGAGAUGAAAGCAGCUCUCAUUUGCUCGCCGAUCUUGGGAAUCCAACUAAUUUGUUCUUCAGGAUUAGGCAUGAAGGUAGAUCCCACACCAGCAUGCGUUUGACUGAAAUGCCAUUUUCUGCCUGAAAGCCUGUAACACUACAGUGUGAACAUCUUCUUUAGCUUUUUUUUGUUCAUCAUCCAAACUUUCUGGAGUAAUAAGAAAAAAAUCUGCGAUUCGGAAACGGAGAUUACUGACUAAAGAUCCUGAGCUCAGGAAUGCCGUGUUUUAGAAGAGGAGACCUGAAGGACAUUCAGCAUCGCUGUGGCUUAAACUUGUGCUUUCAGCUCAUCGCGUUUCUCGUGUAGAAUGAGUCUUUCUGCACAGUGCAGCCGGAGAUCUCGAUUCACAGGCUGUAGAAAUAAAUAUCACUCUACAGACCGGGCAGUUUCCUUCUCAAUAACAACCGAAAACACAUGACAUUCGUAGAGGUGCUCAUUCUCCUGCUGCUCUUCUGAUAUUUUCACUACAGUCCUGAAGCUGUUGAUCAUCUAACUUUUACACCAUGGAUUCAACAAAGCCUUUGAGUUUUCAGCUGAGCGCUUUCUCUCGGACUUUUCUCCCGGUACUUUAGUCCGGGUUUUCAGUUUGUUCUCAUUCAUUUUUUUUUUUUUUUUGCGUUCAAUCCGCACUCCUGCUGGACUUCUCAUUCAUUCAGGAUAUCCGAGCAUCUUUUCACUUCGGGUUAGUUGAGCACAUCCCGGUGGCGCAUAUGGGAAUGAAACACUCCUCCCGCUGUUUGCUCCUCCGGAGGAAAAUGGCGGAACCGGACAGCCCUGAGCAGCAGCCCCUCAGCUCAGCACGAUCUCAUUCAGUACAGCCUUCUCCUUUGCCCAAACCAGUGCCCUCAGUAAACCAUGGCCCACGGCCCACACAUCCCUCCCUCAAGGCGCACACUACUCAUGCAGCGUCCCUGUCUAACUGCCCCGGCCGAGGCAAGAUGGCCAAGUUCCUACACCCAGAAGAGAUGACCUCCAGAGACUACUACUUCGACUCCUAUGCUCAUUUCGGCAUCCAUGAGGAAAUGCUGAAAGACGAGGUCAGGACACUGACCUACAGGAACUCCAUGUACCACAACAAACAUGUCUUCAAAGACAAGAUUGUGCUCGAUGUAGGGAGUGGCACUGGCAUCCUGUCCAUGUUUGCUGCCAAGGCCGGUGCCAAGCAUGUGUACGGGAUCGAAUGUUCCAGUAUAUCAGAGUACUCUGAGAAAAUCAUCAAAGCCAAUCAUCUGGACAAUGUUAUCACCAUCUUUAAAGGAAAGGUAGAGGAGACGGUGCUGCCAGUGGACCAGGUGGACAUCAUUAUUUCAGAGUGGAUGGGAUACUGCCUUUUCUAUGAGUCCAUGCUCAAUACUGUCAUCUAUGCCCGAGACAAGUGGCUGAAACCUGGUGGCCUGAUGUUUCCAGACCGAGCUGCACUCUAUGUUGUGGCCAUCGAGGACAGGCAGUACAAGGACUUCAAGAUUCAUUGGUGGGAGAAUGUCUACGGCUUUGACAUGACCUGCAUUCGAAAUGUAGCGAUGAAAGAGCCACUGGUUGAUAUAGUGGACCCAAAGCAAGUGGUGACCAAUGCCUGCCUUAUCAAAGAGGUGGAUAUUUACACAGUACAGCCAGAGGACCUCUCUUUUACCUCAACCAUCUGCCUGAAGAUCCAGAGGAACGACUACGUGCAUGCACUCGUCACCUACUUCAACAUCGAAUUCUCCAAGUGUCACAAGAAGACCGGCUUCUCCACAGCACCAGAUUCUCCCUACACACACUGGAAGCAGACCGUGUUUUAUCUCGAGGAGUAUCUGACCGUGAAAAAGGGAGAAGAGAUUGUAGGCACCAUCGCUAUGAGGCCCAAUGAAAAUAAUUCACGUGAUUUGGAUUUCACCUUUGAGCUGGAUUUUAAGGGUCAUCUAUGUGAAGCUGACAUCUCUCAUGAUUAUAAAAUGCGUUAAGUGUCCAGCAGGGGGCGAGAGAGUGCCCGAGUACCACCAUGGUGAUCGGUGAAGUGGCAGGUCCCCAGCUACAGCGCCCGAACUCGGCACAGAGGCUGAGAGCUUAAUGUCCUAGGCCACGACUCUGCACAUCUUUGAGACAUGUGCUAAUAUUUCUGGAGCUGAGUGCCUCUCUGAGCAAUAGCAGCCUUGCCAUGGCCAAUAAGAGCGUGCACCAGUCCAGCACGACUAUGACUGUUCAUAAGGCACCUUUGAAUGUACUGCUAAUCAAGCUCAAGAAUGUUACAAUCCUCAUGAAUGUGAAGAGUCAGGUUAAAGUUUCUUUUGGGAAAGUGUUAGUGGAGCGUUACGUUUUGGUUCUAGUGCGAGCCUUAAGACAAAGACGUUUUAUUUUGUAGUGUAAAAUAAGGAAAGUACGUUAGGGCCAUUGUACUAUAAGCACUACUCUACUGCACUACAUAGAGUAUUUUACCAGAAUUAGAUUAGCGCAAUCUAGUCGCACACGCUCUAAUGCUGAAAUCUUUAAGUGUUUAUUGCUAUUAUUAGCUAUUGCUACAAUAGCUAUUAAAAAUAUUUAGGUGAUUUAGAGCACAUUUAUGAACUUUUUAAAAAUUUUUCUGUUGUGCAAUGUGUAGCGAGUGUGAAGGCGUCUUGUUGCUCAGUGUCAAUAUUAAUGUUUUAAUGCAAAGAUUCUUACAUAGUUACAUCUACCAACAGAUCAGGGGAUGGAUAACGGAUAGAAAACAAGAACAUGCAGGUCUUUCAGUACGGCAGGAUGUGUGUGUGAAUUCACAUGUGCUCUUAAUGAACUCAUCACUGAGGUACCUCCUGACCUUCUGUACUGCUUCAAUCCAAAGAUAUUCUGUUUUAAAUGACAUGGAAAAUUAACAUUGAUUACAUUAACUGUCACCAAAAACCUGCUAUGAGACUUAAGACGAAACAUCUUCAUCCACUCCGAUCUGCUAGUUUUUCCUUAUGAAUAAGUUUCAGAGGUAAGAAAGCAUACAUUAGGAGAAUAUUUAUUGGAUGGAAUCAUUUAUAUGUAAUAUAUUAGUAAGAAAGUGUGUAAUAAAAAGUGUGUAAACCGCGCAAUGCCCACUAGAUGGCAGAAAAAAGCGCAUUGUCUGCAUACAGUGGCCUAACAAUAGCGUGAAGGUUUUUUUUUGUUUUAGUUCAAACCAAUGAAAUCUAUCAAGAAUCACAGCUAUCAUAGGUUUUUGUUUACUUUUUUGAGCUGUUCUUCGGAGCAAAAUUCUAGCUCAUGCAUGC